ACUUUAAUUUUAUAUUAAUUACUGAACGAAAUGUAAUUUUUGCCACUUUGUGUUGUCUGUAGGCUACUUUUACUUUCGAUUUUCAAAAAUGUGUGUGUUUUUGUUUUCUUUCAUUUUGUGGAUAGUAAAAGUAAAAACAUUUGGACUGGUAGCUUGCGAAGUUUCAGUUACACGUGGUGAACACACUUUCACCUUUAAACGUCGGUGUUCAGGCUGUAGAAGAACUGUUGUUUUUUUUAAUAGUGUUGUUUGUUUAUUGCCGAGCGCGGCUCUCACCAUGAUGGAGAGGGCUGCAGAAGAACUGCCGCCGGCCGCCGCUGAUGCGUCAGCCUCCACCUUCUCUCAGGUGGUGUUCACGGACAUCCCCCACUCAUAUCCACCCUCAACCACCGUCACCUGCCGCUACACCUACAGCACUGCCUUCCAGCCCAACUCCAGGGACUGGGUGGGCAUCUUCAAGGUGGGGUGGAGCACAAUCAAGGAUUAUCACACCUUUGUUUGGGUGGAGCAAGAAGAAGGACAACUGACAAGUCAAGCUGUGUUUAAAGAAUACUACCUCCCUAAAGACGAGCUUGAGUUCUACCAGUUCUGCUACAUUGACAGCACCGGGCAGGUGAGAGGAGCCAGCACUCCUUUCUGUUUCCAAAGUGCGGCAGAGCAGAGCAUGGGCAGCAUCAGCAGCUUCGACACUUUGUUCGUUACAACACAGGAGCAGGUCGAACAGAACCUCCGUGAGAAAGAUAAGCUGCAGGAGGAGUUGCAUUUGAUGAGAAAUGAAAAUGAAAGCUUAAGAGGCUCCCUGCAAAAGCAGCAGAAAGAAACCGCUAGCUUCAAGAUGCUGAAUGAACAGAAAGAGGAAGAAAGGUCAAAGCUAAUCGAUGAGAUGGAUCAGAUCAGAGCUGAGAAUGAAAAACUGAGAAACCUGCUGCAGCUACAAAAGCAGGACAACAAGCGCUUAAAGGAGGAGUUGGUGAUCAAGCUCACCAAGCAGAUGGAGCUGGAGCAGCAGAAGACAACUGAGCAGAAAGCACAAGACCAGAUUUCAUGUAUAGCAGCUGAGGACAAAUAUAAUCGAGCUGUAAUGAAGAUCAAUCAGCUGAAAGAAGAGCGCGACAAUCUCAGGAAGAACACAGACGCUCAGAGUGAGGAAAUUGCCCAACUGAAAGCCAGACUCAAAGAAGGAGUACGGGAUCUGUCCAAAACGAAGGACAGCAUCCAACUUCUGCAGGGUCAUAAUGUGUUUGGUGGAACGUCAUAUCGGUCAUUUAACACCAUGGGUGACGAGAGGCUGAUCACAGAGGUGCAGAACCACCCCAUCCUUUGUGAUACUGCACAUCCUUUUUACAAGGAUAACAACAAAAAGGAGAGAACCUGGGGUGCAGCAGGACUGCAGCCAUCUGUAGCCAAUGCUGACCUUCUGAGCAGCGAGAAAGAGAAGGAGAGACUCGCUGUACAGCUGCUGAGGUUGCAGAACGUGGAUCAAAGCUUGGACAAAAUGAAGAGGGAAAACAUGGAGUUAUGCAGGAGGCUGUCGCAGCAGGACAGCCCGCCAAACUCCCCACUGGAUGGCAUGGAGGUGCAGUAUCAGGCUCUCAGCAAGCAGCUGCAGGACACUCGGAUGAAGCUGGAGAAGGAGAGUCGAGAGUGCAAGAAGGCAAAUGGUCUGAUUGAACAUCUCAGCAAUGAGCUGCAACAAGUAAAGCAGCAACUGAUGAGGAUGGCCUCUUCGUAUGAGCUGGAGCAGCGAAAAACCAGCAAGUAUGAGAUGCAGAUCAGAGAAAUGAACGAAAUGUUUGCAGAUCGAGAAAUCCUAGCCCAAGGAAGAGAGCAGGAGUUCAGGCUGUUAAUCCAACAGAAGGAGGAGCUGAGCAGAGAAAAUGAGGCGCUCAAAUCCAACUAUGAAAAAGUGCGUGAAAGUAUGCAGACUUUCGGAAACUCCAGCACAGCUUCUGCUGCUGACUCUGGAAACAUGCAGCCUGACAUCACCUCGCUGCCUGAUGACGCCGACACCACCCCUGACCACAGGGAUGAAACUGAGCAGACCCAGCAUGUGUCCACAGGUCCCAUCAGGGAACAACAGGAAGGGGAGGUACCGCCACCGCUGGUGUGCCGUCACUGUCAGGAGAGGUUUCCUGGGAUAACCCAGGAGGAGUUGGAUCAACAUGAGCGGAGCCACAAAGUGUGUCCCUUCUGCACUAUGAUCUGUGACAGCAUGGAGCAGUCCGUGUUUGAGGACCACGUCUACGGCCACGAGCUAUGAAAGUUUCAAUUACACUUAGUCUGACAGUGUUUGACAAGAUGGGGGGAGUGGAUCAUUUACUGUUUUUAUUUUUAGCUUUAGCCGUCUGUUCUUACAGCUUGUUAAAAUCUUAAACCUGGCUUUAAUUUCAGUAUAAAAUAGCUGCUAAGCUGGUAGCGUUACUCACUUAAGUCAGCUUCUCAGAAUACUGCAGGGUGUGUGGGGCUGUUUUUGUUUCCAUAGGUUUAAAGCUUAUAGACUGAAAUCUGAAAACAUAAAAAUAGUUGCUUAAAAGCUACCGCCUUAUUUAACACAUUGAGACCCGGGUCUAAACAUUUUCCUUUAAAAAAUAUUUAUUUCAUUUAACCAGUCUUAUCGCCACAAAUAAGUUACUUUUGUUCAGUAAAUGCAAUGUAUACUCUUCAAGUUUUGUUUCUCAGUUUUGUCAAAAGACCAAAGUAAGCCUAUGUGGCCUUUAGUGUUAAGAUUUCAAUUAAAUAAAUACAUUUACUUUGUGGAAAGUUCUUAAAAGUUAUUAACAUCUGAUGCAGAAAUCUAACAAAAACGUUUCAACAAUCUCAGAUUUUAAAUACUUAAAAGUUAAAUCUAGAAAAUUAAAGAAUUGAUUACUAAUAAGUAUUACUGUUACUUAUUUAAAGUGUUUGUCUUUUUUCUUGAAUUAAUGCCAUUUUAGGAAUAAAUUGUGCCAAGCAAAGCAUUUAAAAAAAAAACCUUACAUAUUUUUAAUCUGUAGAAAUUUUUUUAGUUGUCUUUUACGUUUAAUUUAACCAUUCAAGAACCUAAAAUGCUAAAUGGUGUGUAUGUAAUGUUCCAUGAUGUAAUCAGGUAUCCAACUGUUUAAUAUAAAGUAUAUGCAUGAAUGUUAGGGUAAUUUAGGUGAUAAGGUGUAAAUGCAUAAAAAAAUAAAAUGAGUACUUAAACAUCUUG